CCUUUAAGGGGUUGGCUGUCAACCCGAGAGCCCUUUUCUUUCCUGGAGGACAGGGCAAGACAGGGAGAGCCAGAGGGAAGCCAGAAGAAGAAGGCGGCAACCAGGCAGCAACCAAGCGUUGUUCUAGCUGAAGAGAGGCAGGGAAAGGGCCACCACCAGCAGCCGCUCGACUUGCAUCCCAAAGCUAUGGAUAAUGUUAGUGAUGUGCCUGAACCAAAACCCCAGAGCCAAACACCUCCACAAACUUCGGGUCCUCAGAAUCCAAACCUGGAUCCAGUUCCACAACAGAGUUCUCCAGGUUUGCUAGAGUGCUGUGCCAGAUGUCUUGUGGGGGCACCCUUUGCCUCCCUGGUAGCCACUGGGCUGUGCUUCUUGGGGGUAGCACUCUUUUGUGGCUGUGGGCAUGAAGCGCUCACUGGCACGGAGCACCUGAUUGAGACUUACUUCUCCAAAAACUAUCAGGAAUAUGCGUAUCUGGUGGAUGUGAUCCACGACUUCCAAUACGCCAUUUACGGGAUUGCUGGUUUCUUCUUCCUCUUUGGAGCCCUCCUGCUGGCCGAAGGCUUUUACACCACCGGCGCUGUCAGGCAGAUCUUUGGCGACUACAAGACCACCAUCUGUGGCAAGGGCCUCAGCGCUACGGUAACAGGGGGCCACAAGGGGAGGGGUUCCAGAGGACACCGUCAAGCUCACUCUUUGGAGCUGGUGUGUCACUGUUUGGGCAAAUGGCUAGGACAUCCUGACAAGUUUGUGGGCAUCACCUAUGUCUUGGCUAUCGUCUGGCUCCUGGUUUUGGCCUGCUCUGCAGUUCCUGUCUACAUCUACUUCAACACCUGGACAACAUGCAACUCCAUUGCGAACCCCACCAAGACCGUAGCUGGGAUUGGCAACCUCUGCACUGAUGCCAGGAUGUACGGUGUCCUGCCGUGGAACGCAUCCCCAGGAAAAGUGUGUGGCCAAAGUCUUCUUUCCAUCUGCAAGACAACAGAGUUCCAGAUGACUUUCCACCUGUUCAUUGCUGCAUUUGUUGGAGCUGCCGUCACACUGGUGGCCCUGCUCACAUUCAUCAUUGCAGCCACCUACAACUUUGCAGUCCUCAGACUGAUGGGCCGAGGCACAAAGUUCUAAAGGACUGAGACGAGGGAGAGACGCCACAUGUACAAGUCACUCUUUUCUCUUCUAACUACAAGGCUUUAACCCGAGGCAGCCACACUGCCCCAGGCUCCCUCCUGCUCCUCCUCCUCUAACUCCGCCUGCUUGCCUGCCUCCUGCCAAUUCCCCUUCCUCUUCCUCUAGCCUGUUUGAAGCGUGGCACGUGGCAAGGGAGGAGAGAGCCCUCUCGCAGCAGACAGCUCGUCGUGCCUUUGCCUCUGGUGUGUCUGGUCUCAGCCAAAGUAACCAAAAAUGGGGAUUGCCUGUCCUGAAUUCACCAUGGCAAAGCAGGCAGGCCUGCCCCAAAGAACAAAGGAUGAUGAAACUCGCUUGUUAACCAUUAAGGCAAUCCCUGCUACAGAGUGAGUGAGCAGCAGAGAGAAGGAAGCGUGCGGGGCUUGCUCAAGACUCCUCCACACAGCAGAAAACUGAACUUCCAUUGUGGUACGAGAGAUGGAAGAGAAGUGAGAGACAAAGGCUGAUGCUUGCCACUGCCUGGGCAAAGAGAGUUUAGAGCAAGGAUCUCCCCAAGAAGGGAAGAGAGCUCUGAACCUCCACCCCAAUGCUGACAGACCCCUGUUUCCAUAACCCAACCAAUCCUUCUGAAAGCAUUAAGGCGCUUGGCAUCCCUCUAGUGAAGGGGGCCUCUAGUCUUCAUACUUUGACAGGGAAGAGCCAGGCCAUUCUCCUUGCACCCUCUGUGUUGCCAUGUGCCUAACCGGGUGGGAAGAAACCAGGAUUAUCCCAAGGGUGCCAUCCGUAACCAGCAGCUUGGCUCCUCCUGCUAUAGGUAGGAUAACCUUUAUGGGCUGUCCCCUCCGUGCCCACGCCAGCCUUUCCCCCUUUGUGACUAGCUGUGGAACUGGACUUUCUCUGACCUUCACAACGGUGCUCCUCUCUCCCCAUGACAUUGGCUUCCUUUACAUGCGCUAUAUAUGUUGGUGUUCUUUUGCAGAAUAUAACCUUUGCUCCUUUGGAUUGUUGUUAUUCUUUGGUGUCUCCUGCAUGCCAUAGCUGUUUGCCACAAACCUGUCCCAAUUAUUUGGAACCUCCUUUCUUGGUUAAUUUACAGCCCAAAUUAUCUGGGAGGCUUAAAUAGAGAGGUAAAGGAACAGAAGUAUGUAUAACAUUAUGGAUGAUUGUAUUUCUAAAAUCCUUAGCUGAGUUGAUGUAGGUUGAAAACAAACCCCUCUGGGUCUCACGCAAGUGUGCCAAGUAAUAAGAAUGUGCAGGCUAAAAAUGCACCUAAGCUAGAGACUCCAAUUUAGGAUUGGGUAAGAGGUCCACCUUGCAGAAACCUGGAUGCCAGGACUCUAUACAGCUCAUGCAAGCCCCUCACCAGGAACCAAAUGUCCUGUGGCUGCUGAAGGGUCCCAGAUCCAGCCCUGACCAUCAUUUCAUCACCAGUAGCAGAGAGCUUGCAGGCCUGGUGCUUAUUUGCUGGAGAAUGUCUACAGGGCUUAGUGCCUACAGGACUCAAGGUUGGUUCUCAGUAGAUGGGAGGAUGGGCCACAGUCCUGCCAAGUAGGCCAGGCGUAAACUGUCAGCAUGAAUGGGUGAGGCUAUCAAUGCACAUGGGGCUGGGGGAAGAGUGUAGAUGAUGGGAGGGGAAGAGAAAGAAACCAGCUGAUACUGGGGGAAAGGGAAGCCAUCCAUUACUUUGUAUUUCACUUUGAUUUAAGUAACACCUAACUAGGACCCAACGCCCUUCUGAACCCCAAAAAGUAAAUACAGGGAAAAAAUAGUUAAUAAGCUGAAACUGUUCUGAUCUUGAAUUUCAAUUUUUUAACAAAGCAUAAAAGGAUUGUUUCUAGAGACUUACCUUACAAGGUGUAUUUUAUAAAAUUAAAGACAAUAAAAGUUA